AUGACACCUCAUUACUCUACGAACCCUGGUGUAUUACUUAUCCCACUUGAUCAGAUGCCGCAUCAGGUCCUCACUUCUAAUCGAAGAGAAGACUGGGCUGGUGUCGUCAACCAAAAACAGCGCAAGAAAUUGCAAAAUAUGCUGAAUCAACGCGCAUAUCGUGAGAGGAGGAGAAACCAUAAAAUUAACGCAACGGUGCUUAUGCCUACCGAAUCCGUUUUGGAAACAUCUAGGCAGGACGCCGAUCGGAAAUGGCUCAUGUUAGAGGCAUUUUCCAAGCAGGCUCUAGAGAGUUACAACGCCGGCCAGCCGCAAGCGGACCAACUCCUGGGGUUGCUUCAGCUGAAUUUCAUACGUAGCCUAACAAGCAAUGCAUCACUGUUGGGGCUCAGAGUGGACUGGCUUGACUGUAACUCUGUAUCACACAUCGGACUCGUCGGCCCUACAAACCCAUACGAAGACGAGGUUUUCCACCUCCCCGAAAGUCUCAUACCUACUAGCAUCCAGUCACAUGCUCCUCAUCAUCCAUGGAUAGACCUCUUUCCAUUUCCAAGGAUACGUGACAACCUUCUAAUUGCUACAGAGGGCAUGUCCGAGGAGGAAGAGAUUCGACUUUGGAACGACAUUGUGGAGAAUAACACCACACCCAAUGGUGAUUGGACAGGCUUGAUUGUAUGGGGAGACCCCUGGAAUCCUUGGAAUUGGGAAGUAACUGAAGCCUUUCUGCUGAAUUGGGGAUGGCUCCUUCAAGGAUGUUCUGAAAUUAUCGAUUCGAGUAACCACUGGCGUAUGUAUCGAGGAGAUUUGGCCUUGACAUUUAAUACGACCAACCCGGCGUAA